AUGGGCUGGCCCGGUGUGGGAAGUCUCGCCGGAUACUUUUUUUCUCGUUCGCAACCCAGCAACGACAACACACGAUCGGACUCAACUUCCACGGAUCCGGCGGACAUUCAAUCCGACUCGCCUCUUUCUUCUUCAGAUACGCAGGAUUUGAAAGAAACAAGGGACCAUGGAGCGGACGGGAUCACGAGCUUGGCUGAAGAAAGAGAUCUGGAGAGCACUCAAUCAACGCCCAAGGCAUCUGCAUCAAGCGCGCCGCCACCGGUUCUCGCCGUACCGACGCUGAGUUUGAAUGGCGAUGCAUCCAACGAAGAUGGGACCGUCGCACGCACCGAAAAUGCUCGCAAAGACCAGCUAGAUCCACCGGCUGUGGGCCGAGUGACAUCUCCAUCAUCCGAAGCUAGCAUCAACCAGGCGACAUCUCACAGCACAGGAGAAGGGAGGAAACCUCCCCCUUCUCUCUCCACGGCCACGUCCAACAAUACCCUCUCCCCGAUGCCUCCUCCUCCCGUUCCCCGACCACGCCAAACUCCUCAACCCAACAGAGGCCCUCCAACCCUCCAACCGCCCCUACCUAGCGUUAGCUCCAUCCGCAUACCUCCCUCCGCCGCAGCAAGCCUCCGCGCACCCCCAACCAGCAGCGGUCUCAGUAGCAGCACCCUCGCUCCGACAACCGUCAAAAAGCAAGCGUCGCGCAAAGUCAUCCUCCAACCGGGCUACUCGCCCCUCGACUGGGCCGCCCGCACCAGUAACCCCAACAAUGGGCUCCGGGGCAAUGGGCGCAAGGGUCGCGAUGCCUGGACUUCGUACCAGGGCAAGGUGUACAAUAUCUCGCCCUAUGCGCCCUAUCACCCGGGGGGCAAGGGUGAGCUGUUACGUGGUGCGGGCAAGGACUCGGCGCAAUUGUUUGCGGAGAUCCAUCCGUGGGUGAAUUGGGAUGGGAUUCUGGGCGAGUGUUUGGUGGGGAUAUUGGUUUCGGAGCAUGAUCCCCAGGUGGAGAAUGGGCUUGAUGCCAUGGACUGA